AUGCCCUCCCUCCAAAAAAAGCAAUGCUCGUUAGACACGUGAUAAAAAAAAGUGCGGACAUGAACAGCACUGGCAAUGGCAAUCUACUGGAAAUUCCCCUGUUCAGGACUGAGGAAGGACGAUAUUUGGCUACAACCCUUGGUGAUCCAUUGAUUAAGGGUCUCACCGAGGUGGCAAAUCAACGUCCGGAAAAUCCAAUUUCAUUUCUCGCAAACUACCUCCACAAUUUCGUCAAUAAAGCCAAUGCAGAUGAAAAUCAAAUGAACUCUCUUCAGCCUCUGGUAAAAACUGACCCAAGGGAGGGAGCAAGUCAAGUGCCUGGACGAAGUGUAAUUGAUAUCACAGCCCCUGAAGCUGCUCCAUCCACCCCUUCGCCUGAAGCAGGAGACGAUACUAAUGCUGUAUUUGACCGGGAUGAACAUGGGCAAAGCAUGUUGCACUUUGCCUGUGCUCGAUCCCAUGGAAGGAAUGCUCUGUUCCAUCUCAUUGAGGAAUCGGGUGUCGUCAUCACUUACCGGGAUGAACUGUAUCGAACAGCUCGCGAUGUAGCUCUUCAGGCUAGUCAAGUGGCCAAUGCCAAAGAACUGGAUCGCUAUGUAAUUGCUCUUGCGGCUCGUGGUGACAUUGAUACUUUCCAAGCGAUGCUCCUAGAUGGAUAUGACCAUAUCCUCGAUCUUAAAGACAGCGAUGGCAACAGCAUUAUCAAUGUGGCCCAGGCACGUGGACAUCAUGAACUGGCCAAGUUCCUGGACACUAUUAUUGACUUUGAGGAACGUCGCGAGAAGCUCCAUAACAUCAUUCGCGAUGAUGAUUUGGAUAAAUUGAAGGAAUUCCUUGAAUCCUCUUCAGAUGCCAUUCGUCUCAUGAAAGCACGCAAUUACUAUGGUCGAACAGCUUUGCACAUUGCUGUGCUGAAGGAGAAGGAGGAUAUUGUGGAGUACAUCGUGACAAAUUUCCGAGCAACAAUCAAACUUGGAGACAAUCUGGAGAGGACAGCGCUUCACUAUGCCAUGGGUGUGUCCGCUGUGGAGGCAAUCAGUCGUAUCAUGAUCAAGAAUGGCGCCAGACGAGUUGCAAAGGAUCUAAAGGGGAGACAGCCGAGUUACUAUUUCAUGAACAAGUCCGAUAUUCUUCGACUGCAGGAAGAGGAGCACCACUAAACAACCAAUUUCGUUGCACUCUGCAAAAGCUCACGGGAAUCUUUCACAAUACCGUAAAUUUGACAUGAAAAAGUAAACUGUGCGUGCUUUACAGGGAAGGGUUGUUUAACUUUCUGAGCAAGCUGCUGCUAUGUAUAAUUUUAGGCUACGCCCCUUUCUGAGUUACGACGAACGUCAAAUUGGUGUAUCUAAUUACAAUGGUAUUGAUUCUAGGUAUAUUGUUGCACUUUAUGGAUAACGCAUUCCAUUAAAUAAAAUAACGGCUAAAGUUUAAAGAAACUUUCCUCUGAAAAAUAAGCCACGCCCUCGAUUUUCUUGAAUUGAGAAUCUUACAAAAUUCAAGUCCAAGGAGAAACGGUUUCAAGAUGAAAGCUCUGGGCAAGAAUAUAUUUUGAGUAUUUUCCGACGAAUGAUUUCAAUAAUAGAAAACCGGUGAGCGUCGGAAGGUGGGGUAGCUUAGAAAAGAUAAUUUUUCCCAAAGCUUCCGGUUCGGACUCCGGUUUCACACGGUCAAUAGAGCCUAACUUACUACUACUUCAGAAACACGAUACCUCGUUCUGACAAAAUUGAAGGAGAAGCGCUGUAAGAUUUUGAUUGCUUCGAAUUAAAACAAAAAUGUUCUUGUAAUAGGUUUAGUUUUGCAAACGAUAAUUUACUUCCGGGAAAUGAAGCGGCAAAACAUCGAAAACCAUGACAUUAUAGAAACCACGCCCACUUGUGUGAAUAAUUUUCACUCAAAGAAUUUAUAUUUUUGCUUAUUUCUUGAAAGAUUAUUAAAAUUCAGGCAUGAAAAGGAAAUAAAUGCCUCAGAAAAACUUUAAGAAUUUCUGUAUCAGUGAUGAUAUGUAGCCUCUAUAACCACGCCUACUUUUGUGCAUUACCCUUACCAAUAGUCCUCGAUUUUUUACUAAAUUUACCUUUAGAUUGUUGAAAUGGGAGCAAAAUGUAAAGAGUAAAAGAUGGAAAUCAGUGAUGCUACGACCAAAUUAAUAGUCCCGCCCACUUGUGUGCAUAGUUUCCGCUCGAAGCUUUGUGUUACCCUAUUUCUCGUGAGAUUCUUGAAAUAACAUGCUACGCCCCUCUGUAAACACUCUUGUUUGUUGUAAUAUCGUCAUUCACUUCUAUAUGAUAAAACAAGAGUAUAAAAAAUUAACCACGCCUCCUCUAAAGACCCGCUAACAUUAACUAAAAUAAAACUCAUUUUGUUGUUUUAUUAAAAAUAUCGUAAGAUUGUUGUAAAUUGAUACUGAUAAAAAAACAAGUCAUCCUUGAAACACUUUCUAUCUUUCUUCACUAAAAUCUUUUUAGGGGGCGUGGCCUAUUUAUACAGUGUUUAAAUUGAAAAUUGUGAGGAACAUGAUGAUUUAAAUUUAAAACUAAUUAGCUUUAGUGGAUCAUAUGUCCUGAAGGGGUGUGGCCUAAAAUUUUUCUCAAGCGGAGCUUACUCUGAAACUCAAAUAACUACAUACUUGUAAAAUACGGGAAUUAAAAAAAAACUACGGUAUUGUAAAAGACAGUCACAUUCACAAUAAAAAAAAAUUAGAUGUCGAUGCAAACACAAACCCCUUGUUAUGUUGCCCUUCCCCCCAUAAAAAAAAACAAAAGAAAAGGCAAUAGGUAAAAGUCAGCAGAAUGUCUUUCUUAUUUAACACAUCAGAAACUUAUUAGAGUUGUUUGUAGUUUACAAAUUAGGACUUAUAUAGUUACACUAGGCAAAAGCAGGAUAUUUGACAAGAAAAA